CGCCGGGCCGGCCCCGGGAGCGAACCCCGCCUGCAGCUGCAGCCGGUCCCGGCGCCCUCAAGCACCUGCCUUUCUUCCAAGGGCCGCCUCAGCUGCAGGGUAGAAAACGGCACAAAGUUUCCGUGGUUUGGAGGGACUUUUAAACUGGUGCCGGCUCUUGGCGGGAGGCUGAGUGAGUGUGCGGAGGGAGCGGACCGAGCCCUAAUCGCUCCAAGGCACUGCCCUAAGCGCAGCUGUUGUAUCUCGUCACCAGGGCUAAUCCACAGCCCGGUGUGGGUUUAAGCCUGCUGUGCCAGUCAGAGGGCUUGACUGCAAGCCACGUCCUCCUCCCGGUACCCUCUCCGCUCGCCCCGAGUCCGUCUGUCCGCAGGAGCAGCGGGAGCGCUGGUGCCAAAGAGACACACGGAGCACGAUGUCCCUGGCAUCCUGGUUCAGGUGGAACGAGCCCCCAAACCGCAUUUCCCAGAGGAGCCCCACGGAGAUGGUGGUGGAGACGCUGAUGAUGGAGCUGAGCUGGCAGAUGAAGCAGGCCGAGAAGCAGCAGCGCGAGCGCGAGAACGAGUACCGGCGCAUGAAGAGCGGCGUGGACUACGGCUGGCUGGUCAGCUACCCCAAGCACAGCUACGACAUCAGCCCCGGGGAGAGGCUGCAGCUGGAGGACAUGUGCACCAAAAUACACCCUUCCUACUGCGGGCCUGUCAUACUCAGGUUCAGGCAAGUGGUUGCAGAGUACGAACCAGAAGCGCAGGAAGUAUCCCGGCUCUUCCGCUCCGUCCUGCAGGAAGCUGCUGAGAAGAUCAAAGAGGAGGAAGAGGCCAAGAAGCUUGCAAGGCAGUGGAACACAAAGAACAGAACCAGCCUCUCCUUAACAACAUUUAAAUCUCGGUCCAGGAUCUCCCCAUUCAUCAGUGACAUCAAGACCAUCUCUGAGGAUGUGGAACGGGGCACCCAGCCCAACAGGAGGGUUUGGAGCAUGCCGGAAUUUCGGAACACCAAGGACUUCUGACUCUAUACUCAAUAGGUUUUUAGACACUGAUCUUUCAAAGCCCAGUUAACCCUUUUUUAACUCUACUGUUCUUUUUUCCAUCUCUGUUUUCCUGCCUGUCUCUGUCUUGGAAGCUGUGUCUGUAGUAAUUGCUGCUGAUGCCUGCAGCCUGUCACACCAUUUAUUACCAAACAUGGUAGCCUUUCCUGUAACUCAGUAGCUGUUCAGAACCUUAAGGACCUUAAGGCUCAUUUACUAUCUCAUUUUUAUUACUGCUUUCUUGUGGAAAAUGCAUUAGUUUUGCUAUGUCUGUCUUCUCCCUUUCCCCUCCAGCCUGGAUGUAGUUAUCUAUAAAAACUUUUGGCUCAAGCUACUGAGAGCUGCUGGCUGCACCGAUCUUGCUGAAAGCAAGACAGCCACUUAAAUGAGUGGGGCUUGCAGGAUCAGGCUUGUGAGCUAAAGCUAGUAUCUGAUUUGGAACUGAACUUCCUUUUCCAACUAAUAGCCUUCCUCAGUGCUACAACAAACUUCACAGGUAACCUCAGCACUGCUCUUGAUCCGCUUUUUUUGCUGACAGUUCACAAUCCAACCUGGGUAGAAACAGACCCAAGCUUUUUGAGAUUAAAGACCAAUCAUGUUCCACAACCACCAGUUUAUGCAUGUUCAAGUUUCUUGGGUACUUUCUCUUUUGUGCAGGCAGAACCCCCAGAACUUUGCACCCGCAGAGCAGAUAGAAAUGUAUCACCCUGCUGUGUAGAUACAGAGGUGGAUACCUCAGUGCUGUGUCAAGUGCUGUUCUGGGGCCUCAGUGCUCUGUGUUGCUGAGCUAAGUGCUCUACCCUACACCCCCGAAAUUUAACAGAAAUCACCCUACACCCCAGAAAUUAAUAUUUAUGGCCAAGCCUGAAAGAGGGCUGAAGUAGAAUAUCCAUGUAAAGGGAAGGGUCUCAGCAUUCAUCUCCAGGGCUCUCUGUACAGUGGCAGCGGUUGAGAUCAUGUGAACAUUUGCUGCUGUGAGUGACUGAAGUGCUCUGGCAGAUGAAGGUUCUUCUGAGACCUUGAAGAGACAGGAAAAUGCGACUAAGGAAAAGCUGCUAAGGCCCUAACUCAGCAUUGGCAGCGAGAGCUCUCACCAGCAAAGGAAACAGCAGGGCACACUGUGAAAGUCAAGUGUCCUGCAGAGAACCCAAGGGCUAGGAUGCUUUGUGGUGACCAAGGGGCGAUGGGGAUGAAGAGAGGGACUUGCUUGGAUGACUGGCUGCUGGGGAAUCAUCUCAGUGGGGUACAGCCUCCUGGAGGACCCUGUAGCUUUGUUGUUCUUUUGUCCGUUUCCAGCUAUUUUUCCCUGGGGAUCUUUGCAACAGCAUGUGGGUUCUACAGCCAAGAUUAAAACCCUCUGAAGCUGUGCCAACUCUGGGAAGAAUUCCAGUGCAUGAAAUCUAUCCUAGACUAGAAAUGUGCAGCUUCUUCCAGAGAUGGAGGAAGGCAGCAUAAAACAAAGAUCAAGAUCAACCCCCUAGAGCUCUCUGAGACUGGGAUUCUGACUCUUCCUCUCUCUCCUCUGGGCUAUGUGACAUUGAAGACAAGGCUUUCUUAGCAGCAGCAGGCUGCAGUUUCUAUCCCUUGGUAAACAUUGCUGCCAGCAACCCUCCUAGGGACAGAAAGCAGCUCACUUUUAAUCAAAAAGUCAGGGCUUCCAAAUACAGCAUCCAGUUUGGGACAGGCUAUUCCAAGUUUAGGUCAAUGAGGGAGAGUUUAAAGCCUUCUGACAAUCAGCUUAGUGUUUUUCAGCCAUAUGUCCUUGUGAAGUAACGUGAUUGUGCACAUGAAGUAAAAACCAAGGCUAGACAUACUUAGCAUAACCUUAGCUGUCUAGAAGAUGUAGGAUCUCUAGCAAGGGGUCACCACAAUUUGCAGAAACAAUUCGUGUUUGGAAAAGAAUCAGCCAUAUUUUUUUUAUAUAUUUGCAAGCUACUGUAUGGUACUGAAGACUGAGAUGAGUUCAUGAAUUUCAUGCUGCAGCUCUGUUUUCCUUUUAUUUCCACUUAUGUUCCGUUUGGCACCUUCAGUAUUGACUGCAUCGAUGAGAUGUUUGAUGGGCUGCUGAGAGACACGGGACCUUCUGCCACACAGCUCUUUGUUACAGCACAGUGUCUGUAGCAUGCUCACUCUUUCUAAGGAGAAUCAGCAGUAAAUACCUGCCCUGCAGCAAUGUUGUAAGCCAAGGAAAUCCCUGAUGGGUGUUCACACUAUCACAGUGGCCUGUGAUUGUGCUGUGUCCUUCAUUAACAGCUUCUAGCUGGCAGACACCAUUCUGGUGCAGCCAAGGAGACAGAGCUGACCUUUGGUCAAAGCCCUGCAUGUUAUGGAGACCAGGCUGGGGCACUGCUUGUGACAGCUGUUUUGCCUCAACUUACCUAUCAUUUAUAAUUCCACAAUAAAAUGUAAUCCAAACUCUUGAA